GUCUGAGCGUUGGUCGUGUCGACACCGGGAAAGACAGCUUGAGGUUGGUUCGCGUCCAUUUGGUGGCAGAGUCGGUAUGCCGCCGCCCAGUCCUGACGACAGCCUCCCGCUGCUUCAAUUCCGGUCGGCCAAGGCGAUCCAUGAGCCCCAAGGCACGUUCUGGACGUCCGUGUUUGCUUUGGUUGGCACCAUGAUGGGUGCCGGUGCGCUUUCGCUUCCGAGCACGAUGGCACAGGCGAAUGUAGUGCCCGACAUGAUUCUGUUCCUCUUCAUGGCCGUGAUUGCCGCUGUCGCAUGCAAUGCAUGCGUGGCCACGUCUGAAUACACGGGCAAGCACUCGUUCGAAUCGAUGGCGGCCUUGUUGUUUGGGCCGAGCCGUCAGUGGUUUGUUCGAGUCUUGACUUUGGUGCUCCUCUUUGGCAUUCAAGCCGUAUUCUUCGUCGUGAGCUUGGACCUGCUACAUCCGUUUGUCGCGGCGUACGUUAGCCGCAUGAUCCUUGGCGCCGUCAUCGCGGCCAUCACCAUCCCGCUCUGCCUUGUCGAGACCUUGUAUGCCCUUCGCUACACGAAUGCGAUUGUCGUUGGGUGCAUGUUGUACAUUUUCGUGGUCGUCGGUAUUCGCGCUGCGAUGGUUGGUGUAUGGCCUGCAACUGUGACGGAUGUGACGACGACGUCGGCCAAGGGGCUUUUGUACGCACUUCCGAUCCAAGCGCUGAGCUUUGGGUGCCAGAUCAACUCGGUCCGCAUUUACGGCGAGCUCAAAGACAAGUCGAAGAUGACCAGCGUCAACGCAUGCACGAUGGUUCUGGGGUUUGCGUUGUACGUGGCGUUCAGCAUCCUCGGCUUCAUCUGCUUCCAAGGGUUUCCUCCCGCCGACAUCUUGACGGGGUUUGCCUCCGACGACUGGCUCGUCAACAGCGUGCGCCUCGUACUGGGCAGUUGCGUCAUUUUGAAGAUUCCGCUCAUUUUCCAGCCCUUCAUGCAGGUGCGCUUGGUUUAACACCGUCUUGCUUCGAGAUGGUUGUGCGGUAUUCGCCUUUUUGAGCAUGCCAAGGGCUCGUGGUUACUGAAUGGUGCUACCCGCCCUCUGCGCUCUUGAGCAACGUGACGAUGCAUGGAAGCUCCCCACUGAUUCGAGCCCAAGUGGUUGUGUGGCUUUGAAUCUGUCCAUGGCUCGAUGCGAUAUUGUAGAGCAGUCGACGUGCCAAUCGGAUCCUUGAUGGAUGUCGUGUGUAGGUGUUGGAGGCUAUUUCGCUGCCUUCCCACGUGAUCGAAGCUGGCGACACGAGGUCGUUCCGAGUUGUGGCCACGGUACUGUCGCUGGUCGGCGCGUUCGUCAUGGCGAUCACGUUCAAGGACCUGAGCAUCUUGAUGGGGUUUGUGGGGGCGACGGGCGACAUCUUGCUCAACUUUGGCGUGCCAGGCAUGUUUUUGAUGGAAGUGGGGGCCAAGACCAGCGACCGCCGCUCCAUGUGGCUGGGUCUGUUACUGCUCUCGACUGGAAUUAUCAUGGCGAUUCUGAGCUUGAUCGGGCUCCUCGCGUAGAUCAUAACCCUCCUAACCUAUAGACUGCCAUGGAUGAUGCAUUCUCAA